AUGUCGCUCCCACAAACUACCGCCGCCUCUUCUUCGGCCACAGCAGACACGGAGAUGUUUGACGAACAGCAGGACUACAUCAGAAGCCUCGAGCGACUCUCGCAGCCCGCGGACCCGCUGGGCGCUAGUGCGUUCCCGAGUGUCAAGGUGGACGUCGAUGAGGAUAUGACUAUGACAACAAGUUCCAGUGCUACUGCCACGGAACCUGAGCUUGGAUUUGGAGAGCGCUUUCCAGAAGAGGAGGAAAAGCGCUUAUUGGCCGAAUCCAACUCAUACAGGUUAUCUGGGAACACACUCUUUACAUCCUCUCUAUUCAUGGCCGCCUUGGACGCCUACAACCUUGCACUAGAACAUUGCCCCGUUUAUCUGACCUAUGAGGCCGCCACAAUUCACAAUAAUAUCUCUGCCGUCCAUUUGAAGCUGCAGAAUCCCGCAGAGGCUGUCAAAAGCGCUACAAAGGCGUUGGAAGGCCGGCCCGGAUGGUCGAAGGCUCUGUAUCGCCGUGCAAAGGGUAGGGAGGCUGUGGGUGGCUGGUCAAGUUUGCAGGGUGCACAUGAGGACUAUAUGGCUUUGCUGGAGAAGAACGGUGAGGGAUUAACCGAGAGAGAGAAGAGGGACUUGGAGGAGAAAGUGAAGUGGUUGCCAAGAAGGAUUGAGGAGGCGAGAGAGAAGGAUACAUGUGAGGUUUUGGGGAAGUUGAAGGACCUCGGUAAUGGAUUGCUCAGACCAUUUGGACUGAGUACGGAUAAUUUCGGAAUGGUGAAGGAUGAAAAGACAGGAGGAUAUAGCUUAUCGUUUGGAAAAGGUGCUGGAAAGCGAUAG